GCUCACUUUGCGCUGCCUCAAAGCCGAAUCUGCUUGAUUCCUCUAGACUCCAUCGUCGAUAACUUAAUUUAACAUAAACAAAUUUAACUUUCAAAGUAACUUUAACACAUUUGACCAACCGUUAUGGCGAAUCCUCACCGUACGAACGUUCUGGUGACUUCGUGUCUGAAAACGCCGGUUGACCCGCACACCAAGGCUCCUUUAGCUUCAUACGAGCGGGAGAGAGUUCUUCCCUACUCGGCCACGAGCUACCUGGACAACCGGGACUACGAGAAGGAAUUGGAGUAUGAGGACUUGGGAUCGGAUUUCUUUUAUGAGGACUAUCUGGGAAAGGAGGACCCUCGCAUGGGGGGUGGCCAUCAUAGAGCAGCAGCAGACUACCUCGACCUGAGUAAAAUCUUCUUUUCUAAUGAGGAAUACUACAGCAAGCUGGAGGAGCUCAAAAAGGCCCAUCUGCGCACCAUGGAGGAGCUGGAAAGCAUGUAUCAACAAAAGCUGCAGCUCAGGUCAAUGGAUCCCUUAGACAUGGCAACGCUGGAGCCAGGGCACAGGCUGCUCUGGUCAAAUUUAAACCCUGUAGCUUCACAUCAUCCUUUGAGAAAGUCGCACUCCGCUGUUGAGCUCCGGUGGAUCUCUGGGCAGUCAGACUCAUCCGACGAAAAUGAAGCUUGGAGUAACACGGUGGAAAAAGGCCUUCUGUUCUCUCCUAAAGAGUACAUCAAGAACAUGUGGAAGGACUUCAAGGUUCCCUUCAACAAACACCGCAUCUCCUCCUCCUCACUGCACAGCAUGCCUGGAGACCAGAGGAGACUGCGGAAGAGAAGGGACAAAAGACAGCAGGAAGAGGGCAAACCCAACGUGACCGUCCCAAAACCCUUCCACAUGACGCUGCGUGAAGCUGAGAGGCUGAAGCGUGGCGUAAAGUCCCGCUCCGAGGUGGAAAUGGAGAACGUGGAUCUGAAGAGGCAGCUGGAGGAGCUGACAGAAUGCCAGAAGCAGUUCCGUGCCAGUCCCGUACCGGCACACGUCCACCUUCCGGUUUACGAAGAGAUGCAGGAGCGCAACAAGGAGCAACGGAGAAGCAUGCGAGAUCGAGAGACGCGGCACCUUCGUGCCAUUCAAAAGCCUUUCAGCUUCCUGGAGAGGGAGAGGCUAAAGAAGGAGCAGAAGCAGCUGCAGCAGCAGCAGCAGCAGCAACAAGCCGACCGCGAGAAGAUGAAGCCUUUCAAAGCCAAGCCUGUGCCAAAAUCUGUGUAUGCAGCCGCGUCAGGGGAUCUGGUGAAGGAGGAUGAAUUGUAUCGCUCCAUCAAGAUGCAUAUGAGGGCCCAGGAGUUGCUGCGGAGUUCCUCUGUGCCUCCCAGCAUGCUCACACGGCGCCUGAAUGAUCGGAAGAAGCCCAAAGAUGAACUGGGCGAUGGCUUUACCCACAAGCCUCAGAUAAACAGAGAGGUGCCUGACUUCGACGCCAGCUACAGACGCUUCCAGAAGCAGCUGGAGAAGCGGAAGGACGUAAAGACAACGACGGCGUGCGAACCCUUCGAGCUGAAGACGUCCCAGAUCUCCUCGCACCGGGAGCGCAUCCUGGCCGACAUCGAGAAGGACCAGAGCAGCCCACGGUUGCUGCGCUGGCCUCACAUCAGCCCCGGGCCAGCGCGGACCCCCAACUCAAGCCUCUGUUCGUCCCUGUCGGGAAGUCUGGAGCUGCUUCCUGCCAAAGUUACAGAUGCUACUAAAAAGCGUCACGAAGCUGUGAGAAAAGCUCUGGAGCAGCGGAAAAAGGCAGAGGAAGAAGAGGAGCGUUGGAGGGAAAAGCAGAGGGAGAGAGAAAAGAAGCUGCAGAGGAUGGUUUUAAAACGAGCCCAAGCGAAUGACCCUCAUCUUGCUCUUUCACAGACCAACAAGAGCAAACUGAAAGAGUUCAGGAAACAAGACGUUCAGCGUAAGAGAGAAUAUCGGCAGGAGAUCAGAGAGAUGCGAGAAAGAGUGCAAGGAAGGCCGCUGCUGCUGGAGCAGGUCACACAGAAGAAUGCUAAGCAGACAGCAGAGAAGCAUUACAUCGAAACCCUGCAUGGAUGCGAUGUGAACGAGGACUUUAUAAGCAGCAAGGCGGGCAAAUCAGCACCUGAGCGCAAAAUCUCAACAACCAGUGACAAUAACCAGAGUGAUCAGGGGGAAGCCGACUUUAAAACCGUUCACUACAGAAAGGUCUACCUGGAUGAUGAAGACAUUAAUUGUGCUUCUGAUAAUGACGAAGAACGAGAGGAGCAGAAGAGUGAUCAGGCCUCGCUGAACCACCGCGAGAGUGAAGACGCCAGCGGUCACCAUGGUGACGAUCCACAGUACUCUGACGAAAGUUACAAUUACUCAGACGAUCAUGAGGAUUUCUCAGAUGACAGCGAGCAUGAUGUUGAUGAUAAACAAGAAUUAGUAGACUGAUGACUUUAAGACGCAACAAACAUGAGGUGUAGACAAAUGCUGUUAUUUAUGAGCUCUGUAAUAGAUACAGAGUUGUAAUUGUAAUUUUAGGUUGUACAAAUAAACAUGAAUU